GGCGGCGGUGGCGGCCUCGGCCUCCGCGGCGGGUUUCGCUCGACCGCCCCUCCCUCGCCCCGGGCCCGGGCCCGGCGGUGCCGCCGCGGCCAUGGAGAGUGAGGAGGGCGCGCAGCAGCCGCCGCGCAGGCGGGGAGAGGCCCCAGGCGGUUCCGGCUCGGACCCGCCGUCGUCUGCGCGGCCCGGCUCGAGCUCGGCGUCCGCCUCGCUGCUGUCCCGGCUGCACAGCCUGCAGAGCGACAGCGACGAGGCCGACGAGCUGCGGCAGCGCCGGGGGCGGCGGCGGCGGCGGCACCAGCACCGGCCCGAGCCCGCCGACCGGGCCCGGGCCGAGGCCGGCGGCGAAGCGCUGCCGGAGCCGGUGAGGCCGCAGACCCGGCCCACCAGGGCCGAGGAGAAGGCGCCGCCGCCUCCCGAGGAGGAAGAGGAGGAGAGCGAGGAGAGGGCAGACCGGAGGGGGAGGGCCUCGUCCCCGGAAGCUGGGGAGACCUCGGGGAGCGCCAGAAUUAAAGAAGGAGAAAAUUCAGAAAAAGAACAUCAGUGGCUUGUAUUAGAGGCGAAUCUGACACCAUGGGAAGAGUGGUUCGUUUGCAAAGAAAAAGAACAACGUGCUCGUCUACAAAACAGAGCCUUGGAGGAACUAAGUCUACAACAAGAAAAAAGAAAAGAAGAGGAAGAGCGUGAAAAAAGAAAAAAAUAUGCUGAGGAAAAACACAAGGAAUGGCUUCAGAAAAAGAAUGAACAGGAAAGAAAAGAAAGGGAACGGAAGCUUAAUAAAGAAAUGGAAGAAAAAGCAGCAAAGGACAUAGAGAAAGAGCAUUUGCAAGAAAAAGCUAAAGAAAAAUAUCAAGAAUGGUUAAGGAAAAAAAUAGCUGAAGAACAUGAGAGAAAAAAAAAGGAAAAGGAAAAAGAAAAGCAGCGGCUUGCUGAACAACAGGAAAAAAAAGAAAUCUCUGAAAAGAAGUUCAAGGAAUGGCUACAAAAUGUGAAAAACAAACCUCGUCUCAUUCCAAGGAGCUAUUGUUAUGUCAAUGGGAAACUGACAGGUUUCUACAAUGGAACUGCCUGCCCACCGCCAAGCUUUUAUAAUCCAAUCCCAUGGAAGCCUAUUCACAUUCCCCCACCCAAGGAAUCAAAGACUGUUAUUACUGUGAAGAAGAGCAAAAGACCUGUGUCCAGUCAGCCUUACAGGUCCUCAUCUUUGGUCUUUCAUAAAAACAAGGGCAAUCUUUGCCUUGGAACUCUGUGCAGAAUACAAAGAUAGUAUAUGUACCAAAUAGCCUAAAUGCUGAAAUACCCACUUUUUAAAAAAAACCUAGAACUAUUUUUGUUACUCAGUAUUAGCACAAUAUUUUGUGUGAUGAUUUACCAGUUAUCAUUUUUGUAUUUGUCAGUAGGAACCUUCAAGUUAAUUAAGGGAGAUAUUUGCACAUUUUUAUUAUUUUUGUAAAUGUUUCAAGGUUGUGUGUUUGUAAAAUUAGCAUCUAUGCAAUUAAGAAAUAUAUUUGUCAUUAACUUGUCUAUAACUGUUCUGUAACACCAAUAAAAUCAAAGAUUGUUCCUGUGUUCUUCCACAGUGUAUAUUCUUAGGAUU